UUGGCAUCGUACGACGACUGUCAGCUAAUUUCAGUGAGGUGUAUCUCUCAUCCGGCAACUUUGAGCAUUUAGAGCACAUCUUUAAGUUAAAAUUGAAAAAGAAUUCUUAGGUGUGGGAUAAAUACAAUAUUAAGCUGUAAACAUGAUGCAACCACAAAUCGUUCUCCUAAAAGAAGGAACAGAUACCUCUCAAGGAAAGCCACAGCUUAUAUCAAAUAUAAAUGCCUGUCAAUCGGUCGUCGAAGCAGUACAAACAACAUUGGGUCCUCGUGGUAUGGACAAGCUCAUUGUUGAUAACAAUGGGAAAACUACAAUAUCUAAUGAUGGUGCAACCAUCAUGAAGUUGUUAGAUAUUGUUCAUCCUGCAGCAAAAACAUUAGUUGACAUUGCAAAAUCUCAAGACGUUGAAGUUGGUGACGGUACAACGAGCGUUGUGUUAUUGGCAGGAGAAUUCUUAAAACAAAUUAAGCCGUUUGUAGAAGAGGGUGUCCACCCGAGAGUGAUCAUUAGAUCAGUCCGUCGCUCCUUACAACUAUGCUUGGAGAAAAUUAACGAACUAGCCGUAAAAAUCAGUAAAUCGAAUGCGGUUGAAUUUCGUUCCUUACUCGAGAAAUGUGCUGCUACUGCUUUAAGCUCUAAGUUAAUCCACCAACAAAAAGAGUUUUUCUCAAAAAUGGUCGUGGAUGCGGUGCUUCUUUUGGACGAUCUUUUGCCUCUUAACAUGAUUGGAAUUAAAAAAGUGCAAGGGGGAGCUUUAGAAGAUUCACAGCUGGUCGCCGGGGUUGCUUUUAAGAAAACAUUCUCAUAUGCUGGUUUUGAAAUGCAACCGAAAACAUAUAAAAAUUGCAAAAUUGCUCUUUUGAAUAUAGAGUUGGAGCUAAAAGCUGAAAGAGAUAAUGCUGAAAUUCGCAUCGACAAUGUUAGUGAAUAUCAAAAAAUUGUCGAUGCAGAAUGGAAUAUUUUAUAUAAUAAACUCGCUAAGAUCCAUGAGUCGGGGGCACAGGUGGUGUUGUCAAAACUUCCGAUUGGAGACGUUGCCACACAAUAUUUUGCAGAUCGUGACAUGUUUUGCGCCGGACGCGUUCAAGAGGAUGAUUUGAGACGUACAAUGAAAGCGUGCGGAGGAGCAGUAUUAUCAACAGUGCAUGAUCUGAAUGACAAAGUCCUUGGACGUUGUGCAGAAUUUGAAGAGUGUCAAAUAGGAGGAGAACGCUACAACAUAUUUAAAGGGUGUCCAAAUGCUAAAACUUGCACUAUGAUCCUACGAGGCGGAGCCGAACAAUUUUUAGAAGAAACUGAACGCUCUUUACAUGAUGCGAUUAUGAUUGUGCGUAGGACUAUUAAGAACGACGCAAUCGUGGCCGGUGGGGGCGCGAUUGAGAUGGAACUCUCGCGUAUGUUACGAGAUCACUCCCGUACAAUUGCUGGAAAGGAACAACUAUUAAUUGGGGCAAUCGCAAAGGCUCUUGAGAUUAUUCCGAGGCAAUUGUGCGACAAUGCCGGUUUCGAUGCCACGAAUAUUCUGAACAAAUUGAGACAAAAACAUGCUCAGGGCAAUUGUUGGUAUGGUGUUGACAUCAACAAUGAGGAUAUUAGCGACAAUUUUGUCGCAUGCAUUUGGGAACCUGCAAUUGUUAAAGUUAACGCCUUAACAGCAGCCUGCGAAGCAACAUGCUUGAUACUUUCUGUGGAUGAAACCAUUAAAAAUCAAAAAUCCGGCGAUGCACCUCCACCUGGAAGAGGCAUGGGCCGACCUAUGAUGUAAUAACAUUCAAGCUGCCUAGUAUUUUUUCACGCACUUCGUUUAACCAUUAAUUUAAAUUUACCACUUUUGAUAAAUAUCUCAAUGUAAUGUGUUUGCAAUAAAGCUUUAUUUAAUCUAAAUAAAUUUUCCUCAGCAUGCA